AUGUCUGUCUACGUUGGAGAAUCCCGAGGAGAACUCCUCGCCUGGCUGAACGACCUCCUCGCCCCUACCGUCGUCACCAAACUUGAACAAUGCGGUACCGGAAGCGUCUACUGUCAGAUUACCGACUCUAUCUAUGGCGAUCUUCCCAUGUCCAGGGUCAAGUAUAACGCGAGGAUGGAGUAUGAGUAUCUGGACAACUUCAAGAUUUUGCAGAAAGCCUUUGUGAGGCACAAGAUUGAGAAGCCCAUACCGGUUGAUAAACUCAUCAAGUGCAAGAUGCAGGACAAUCUGGAGUUCUUGCAAUGGAUGAAAAAGUAUUGGGACCUGCACUCUCGCGGUGAGGGCUAUGACGCUCAAGGUCGCGCCGGUGGUAUCAUCCCCUCUACCUCCACUGCCACCCGCCCCUCUGCCGCUGCUGCUCGGACAGGUACCCGUACCGCUCAUGUCGCCAGCGUUCCCGGUUCCCGUAGCACUUCCACCAGUGCCGCCAGUAAUGCGCAGGUGGCCGCUAUGCAGGCGAGGGUGGCAGAGAUUGAGGCGCAUAGUGAAAGUCUGUUGAAAGAGAGAGACUUUUACUUUGACAAGCUGAGGAACAUCGAGCUCAUUCUUCAGGACCGACUAGCGGUUGAGGGUGUAUCUCAAGAAGAGACCGAUGUUAUGACCAAGAUCCAGGACAUUCUCUAUGCUACCAUUGAAGGAUUCGAGGUUCCCGAUGAUGAGUUUUUGGAGGGUGAAGAAGGGCUCGAGCCCGAGGAGGAGACUUUCUAA